AUGUGGAAUGGAAGUGGAGCUCACACUAAAUUGCUAGACGCGAAAGGAAAAUAUUUAAAAUUUUUGGAAUUAAUGUUGCGUAACAAUGAUCUUGUUGUGGUUAGAAGCAAAGAUAUUGAUAUUUAUUACUUCCCAGUGAGGAAUGUUCUCAAGAAGAAACUCUCAGACAAGAUCGCAGUAGAAGUUGUGGGAACAUUAAGUAAAGUCGAUAGAGCACAAAACACUUGA